GUGGUAAGAAUAAAUUAACAAAAAGAGCAUCGGUGAAACCCCGAGACAAUGCCCAUCACGUGUAUGUAUCGCGACGAAGGAAUCCCGAUGAAUGACAUCUCCUCCUCCUCCUCCUCCUCAUCAUCGCCAUCAUCACCCUCAUCUCGAGAGGUGCGGCCCGUCCAAAAACAGAGACACACCAAAUACUGGAGAGAGCGCCCCGAGAAGACCAACCGACUAACGAUUCAGCGGUCGCGAAAUAGCCCAACCGGUUCGCCCUCUCCUUCCACCGGAGCAAAAAAAAGCUAAAAAAAUACAAAAUCCAUCAUCGUCGGAGCAUACUGCGCACGUGCGUGGUUCCUCAUCGACCGUUGCCUUGCCUGAAGGAGGGCAAUCCCGUCCACGUCCAGGCGGCGGUUCUGAUUCUCUCACACAUAUGAUAUGAUAUGAUACGAUAUGAUAUGGAUGAUGAGUGGAGAGG